CCCAGGCUGACAGCUCCAAGCUCCGCCCAGCAGAGCGAAGAGGAGGGCGGAUGUCGUAAUGAGAAACAGCCGCUGCUGCCUGGGGGAGCCCGACGCUGCUGUACUGUGUCGUGUGGGUAGCUUAUCAACAAAACGCUGUGUUAUUACGUCUGAGUUUACGAUCUUGUUUUUACGACCAACUUCUCCUCCUUUGGUCUACUUACCACCACUGUAAGUCCAUUUAGCAGCUGUCAGCUGCCAACUAGCGGAUCGUAAACAUAUAGCCGCGUCGUGUUUUUAAAACAAUUUGAGGGAAAUAUUUGAUUUAAAAAAAAACAACAACAAAAAAAAACACACAAACUACUUUACAAGAGUAAGCGUUGUAACCAGACUUUCUUUACGACUUCAAUGUGCUUGGGUUGAUUUGAUUGAUGGUGACUGCUUGAACUUCUGCUGGCGAGUAACUUCAUCACUGCAUCCCAGCACGUUUUAAGCGAAGUCAGAGAUUAACUUCCGCUGCAGAUUUUUCUUUACCACAUGCUGUUGACGGGAAAACAACCGGGCUGCUUACUCGCAGUUGGAUGGGGAGCCAUGCUGGAGGAAUAAUUAAGGUAUGCAUAUUCAUAAAUUCUUAAGUGCCUUCUUCAAGAUCUAAUGGAAGAAAAAUCAUUAACUGGGCCUGCCAUGGUGUCCAGAUUGCCAAAGUUUGGUGGGCGCCCCACAGGCGGUGGGAAUAGUCCUGUGUGCAAUGGUUCCACACAGUCACCUACAUCUGUGCAGGAUGGCAAGACCAAUUCUCAUGGAACACGCUCAAAUGGUCUGAUCCGGCCCGCUCCACCGUACAUGAAAUGGAAGAAAGACGAUGGUAUGAACUCUGUUAGCCCCAGCACACUUAUGAUUCCAUGGGAUGGAAAUGAAGAGAAGGCACACCACCAUGUGCCCUCAUUACCUGAGGUGAAAAGUAGCUCUCAAUCAACACCUAAGAUGCGUAGGUCAGGUACUUUGAUGGUGGCUACCUCCAGCCCAAAAACUGUUCCCAAGCAACUGACAAAGAUAAACCCCAAAGUGACAAAAGUUGGUCAAAGCCAACUGAAUGGGCUUUCUAAAGUAACCUAUAGUACUUCUGGCAUUCCUGCUCGAACUGGGUCGGAGUCGCGCCUUGUGCGGCCAAUGUUGGGCACCAGCUCCCCAAGAAGCAAUUCUCAGGAUAGCCUAUCACAAUCCAGAGAGAACCGAAAGAUUUUGACGUUGGACCACAUGGUGCGUUCAAACAGCUUCACUCACUUCAAGCAGAUUCCCUCCCCCAACUGUGAGCCGAUGACACGAUCCUUCUCCUUUAAUCGGGCUGUGGAGUUAGCCAAACCCCUGGCCAACACUCAACUUCGGCCUCCUCGCAGCAGUUUCCUCAAGCCACCACGGAUCAGCAACGGAAGACUGUGUUUAGGACUAACCAGUAACCUUGGAGAUUCAGGUUUUCAGUACAGCAAAAGCCUUCCAACUGACUCCUCGUUGCCCAACCCAUCUUAUCCUGCCUUGCCCACCACACCGCAAGGUUUGAGGAAACCUCAGCUUCCUAAUUCUGCUCUGACAAAGUCACUGACAAACAGUGUGGGAUCUUCAGGUUACAGAUCGGGUUCAACCACACUGACAUCUCCGUUUCCAGAUCAGCCCAAAGAGGGUGUUAGAUCUUCUGUCUUAUCUGACUCUGGUGGACUUCUGAGGAUAUCUAAAGGAUUUGAGCCAACCGAUGAAGAUGGGAAAGCAGAUUCAUCCAGUUACAGUGGUGGAAGCUCUGGAGUUGAAAAUGGCACUUAUGACCAGAGCUCUGUCCAGAUGGCUACCGAGACCCUGGAGGACAUGUCCUUAUCUUCUGCCUCAUCGCUGGAAAGAGGUGACACCAGUGAAGAGAUUCUAGAUGAUUGUGACUCUGCAGGAGAUGUUUUUAGUGAUGGAGACAUUCCUACCAGCACUACUCAAACCGUCUUGCAGAGGUCUUCCAAUGACAACACAGGCUGGGAGCCUGUAGAUCUGACAGAAAAUAAAGAAGAAAGCCCGAUGCAGAAAUUGCAAGAAUCUACGCAGGAUUCGUUGGUGUUGUCUCCUGCGCAGAGUGACGCUCCUCAGGGUUCAUCGGUGGAGCUGUCUCCCUCCAAUAGCUCUGGUGGGACCUACAUGUGGGAUGAAGAGGGUCUCGAGCCUCUUGGGGAGCUCAAGUCUCCACUAGCAAGUUAUGAGGAUUUGGAGAUCAACAGCAUGGACAUCUUGAACAACCUGGACCCUCUGGGAGCUGGAGAUUUGGACGAUAAUGAUCUCAUGCUGGAUGUGGACCUCCCAGAGGAUAGCUUGCACGACUUUGACAGCAUGUCUCUCACGGAGGGCUCAGACAGAGGUAGCCGACAGGGGCAACGACGCAAGCAGCACCGCUGGAGUGGCCCAGAUCACUUCUUCCAUGACAGCAGGCUGCAUUUCCUUAGUAAUUACGACAAUCACAAGACUUCCAGGUUUCCUUCUCGUCCCGUCCAGUCUGAUGGGAAGCAGCCAGUCUACAAACCAAUGCUGGACGAACUCACUCUGGAGCACAUGACCCAGGACUGCAGCGUGCUGAGGAAUCAACUUCUCAGGCUCAAAACGUUACUUCAGCUUGAAGAAACAGGGUCUCCAGCAGAUGUUUGUGAGCAGACGGAAGACGAUACCGCUGUGUCACAGAUGGAGGCUCUGAUUAAGGAAGUGCAGGUGCUCAGGGAGGAGCUGAGGGGUAGAGACAAGACUAUAGCUCUGCUCACUUUGCAGUGCCAACAGCUACAACAUCAGCAGCAGCAGCAGCAGCAGCAGUGCAAUCAAAUGCCAUACGAAGGUCAGCAAGUUAGAUGUCGGUGCCGCCAUCGGAGGACGUCCGCUUCGUUACAGCACAACGAAAGACAGAUGGACAAACGGAUGCAGCAGUACGACAAAGCCACCCAGACGUAUUGGAGAACACCGAGUCACCCUCCUCGAACGCUACAGCCUUUCAACCCCUAUCUCAACGAGCAGCCGCACCAGGAAAGACUAAUAAAAACUCCCCCCACCGAGGGCCACAGUAAGCUCACGCGAAGCAGAUCAGAGGAAGCGACUUGCAAAGAUAAUGACCGUCCUCUUGAAGCCACUAAAGUAGACGGGUCAGGGGCGGGUGGCUCUGACAAGCUGAGUCAUCUGCCCAGGACCAACCUGCGCCGCCCCCGCUCCUGCGCUCCACGGGGAAUAACUGGCACAGACGGUCCAGCGUCAGCACCUCCGUCCGCUUCACAGCUUGGGCAGAGAGCUCCCACUGUGCCGGCACAGAACUCUGACGCGCCGAGAUCGGCUCGCCCUCGCACCCUGCAGCCUCCUCGCAUCCACAAGCCGAUGUCUUCACCUGCGUCGAAUUCAGUCGGUGCUGGCGGCUCGGCCUCUCUGAAACCGGGCCGUUCUUCGGGGCCUCCGGCUCACCAGACAAAGCAGCUGCCGCCUCCGACGAGAGGCCUUCCCUGCUUCAACGCCGAACCCCGGGGGCAGGCUCCAAAGCUGUGUCAAACUUCACUUCUUCAGCCUCUCAGAACUUCAGAGCCUCGCUGAAAUUCACAGGGAAAGUUGGGGAAGGUGUCAUUCAAAGUCUUUGGGACAGCCAGGAUCCCUUUGAGUCACUCCUGCCUCCCAAAGCCAAAUAAUUCCCCAAGGAAGCGAAUGACAUUGUCAGUGAAAUUCAACCUCUUCUCCCCAGGCCAUAUUAGUUUUCCUUUUCCUUUGACUUAUCUCGAUAAUUAGAGGUUGACUGUAGUUUUGUUCUGUGACUUGCUAAUGGUGCAAUUUUUACGUUGGCUGCCAAAACUAGAUGGUAGGAUGUGUCAUUCAGAAUGGAUUUUACAUUACAAGUCAAUUUCAUUAGCUUUGCACAUGUCAAUGAAUACUGAAGGUGGAGGAAAACAAGUUUCACACUUUGCACUUGACAUUUUUUGUUUUGUUUUGUUUUUCUUUGCAACACCCUCUGGCUAAUGUCCCGUUUAAGAUCCCAGGACUUGUUGACUUUAGACAGCCUUGCCCUUUGACACACAGGUGCAUUUGGUUUUUAAACACAGAGUCGAUGUGAUUGUGACCUCUGCUGUGCCUUAGAAGGCCCAGGGGAAAAACGGGAGCGAAAACAAGAAGUGAGACUGAGUACGGAAAAAAAUAAAUAAAUAAAUAAAAGGAAGAGGAGGGCGAAAGAAAAAGUGAAAAGCACAGCAGCAGACUGAAAAGCUAAUUUGUCAAAGCCCUCUGAAGCUUGUCACUUCCGGACAGAGAAUAUGUGCAUGUGUAAACGUGUUUGUUGGUGUGUUCGUAUGCUGACUGAAAGGGCUUUGAGGAGCAAAGGAAAACGGCUCCCCCACCAUAGCUGUGUGUGCAUCAUUGUAGCUCAGUUCACUGCACUGUGCUUAUAUUUUCGGGUAAACAUUACAAACUCUGCACAUAUUAGCAAAAGGGGUCGCCGACCCUCCGUUGAAAUGCUUUAUGAUGUAAAUAUAGGGGCAGAGAAAAACAACACCCAUCUGUUAGUGAAGCCGUGUCAAUAACAGUGUGCCAGUCAAAGUAACAGAACACAUCAGUGUAAUUACGCUUAAAGGCAUGAGAGUGUGCAUAAGUAAAAAACACUAAGAAGAAAAUAGUAAGUUUUAUUGACUCAGUGUUUGAGAAAGUAUUUCUUUUUUUAAUAUCCAAACCCUGAAAUCAGUUCUACAGGGCAAAAACCAGAACCAAAUCUGUUGAUGCUGCGAUUUAAAGUAGACGUAAUGAAUAAAGUUCAUAACAUUUCCCAGUGUGCCAAGUAACCCCAAGUAUUGGAAGUUUUGCAAGCAAUUUGUUCCCAUUAUUCAAAGAUUGAAUCAAAUUCGGUUUACUUUAAUAGCAUAGCGAGAGAUUCAAAACGAAUGUAAUCUUCAGGGACUUUAGAAAACAAACAGAUUUAGUUUAUAUACAGAAAUAUAAAAGUUUAAAAAAAGUGUCUUUAAAAUGAUCUAAUUUAAGAAGAGAACACUUUGUGCUUUUGUAAUUUUAGUUUCUUUCAUGACCGGCUACGGCAACUGAGUAAUUUUCUAUAUUUUAGUCAUAGUCUUCUAUGAAGCGCUGCAGUUAUGUGCCUCCAAUAAAAACCUUUCAGGAAGAGGUCAGCUGAGGGAUUUCAUGUGAUCCGACGUUAUAAUCUGACAGUUAAGUAGCAAUGAAUUAAGAUCUAAAUGAAAGUGAACGAGGAAUAAACUACAAGUGAGAUUUAAAUGUAAUUCGCAGAAAUGCUUAAGUACAAUGAGAAAUACCACUCAUAUGAUAUGGUUUUAAGUAAACCAAACCACAGGGCAUCAUCGCAGAACUCAUUAUUUUUGGUAUGCAGUUUGCACUUCUUCAGCUUUUACGGCCUUGUAAAGUGAACACUUAUUGGCUUAAUUGCAACUGCUAAUGGAGAGAAAAACAACAGCAACAAACAAAUAAAUGUGCCUUGAGUCGUUUACCAAGGAAGGGUACUUUUGAAUUUCAGCGAUCUACUUGUAAAAGUACACUGAAUGCAGAUUGUUUGGUUAGCAUUUAGUUUUGCUCUAAGCUGCAUGAGUUUCUCAUCGCAGCAAUCUGUGUACGGGUUGUUCUUCUGUUGGCUGGUCGUCUCCGUCCAUGUUCAAACCCGGGAGGAACAAGACUUCCUUAUGAAAUGAAAUUGGGCAUAACUUAUUUCCUUUUUUAUUUGUGAUUUAAAAAAUUGUUUUAAUAUAUUUUGAUGAUUAAUUUACAUAUUUUUUUCCUUCCACUAUAUGUUAACAAAAUAGAUGUAUUUGUUAUUAUUAGAGCUGUACAUUAUUUUGAAUUCCAAUCAUCUGUGCAUUAUGUGCACAAUGGCAAAAGGCUGCUUGGAUUUUGCUGGUUAAUUAGUAUAUUAUAAUUAACCAGAAAACCUAGGCUUUAAGACCCAACAUACUGGAGCUAGCUUACAGCGGUGUGUGGACAUUGUUUUGAAAGAGCAGAGCAAAGACAAUGCUGUUAAGUUCAGUUAGAGCUCAAUAUUCAACAAUAAAAUAACAAUUACAUGCUUUUCCAAUAUUUCGAGGUCCGUGUUGUAUUUAAAAUGCAUUUCUUCUUUUUCUAAAAAAAA